CCGCCCGUCCGCCCGCGCGCGCGGCCGCGUCACCGCCCCGCCCCGCCCGGCCGGCCGGCCCCGCCCCGUCCCGGUCGCGGGCUGCAGUUCAGACCGGACGGCGCGGCUGCUGCUGCUGCUGCUGCGUGCUGACGGUCCCCGGGCGCCGGUGCCCGGCGGGAACGUGGACGGCCUGUCGGAAGAGGACCGUCCUGCAUGCCACCGGGAGCGGAUUGCACAGGCUCGGGGACGCGGCUGGAGGAGGCCAGAUGCCAUGGCUGGAAGUUAUGGCGUGAUGGGUGAUGAUGGUUCUAUGGAUUACACAGUCCACGAAGCCUGGAACGAAGCCACCAAUGUGUACUUGAUAGUGAUCCUUGUUAGCUUUGGUCUCUUCAUGUAUGCCAAGAGGAAUAAGAGGAAAAUUAUGAGAAUAUUUAGCAUGCCACCUUCAGAAGAAACCUUGUCAGAGCCCAAUUUUUAUGACACAAUGAGCAAAAUUCGCUUAAGACAACAGUUGGAAAUGCAUUCCAUUUCAAGAAAGUAUGAGUACCAACAGCCACAGAGCCCAGCUGACAGCGUGCAGCUCUCGCUGGAAUGAAACUUCAAACUCAGCACCGGAAGUGACAGUGGAGCAGUGUGGCAGCAAGUUCCUAACCCCCUCCCUCAAUCAUGACCCAAGGCAUUUAGUAAACUUGUCACAUCAAGUCAUCCCACCACCCCCGUCCCCCACCUCCGCCUUGGCUUUCUUUUGCUUCUUCUAGGGCUUGCUCCAUACGUACAAAAACACUUAGGAAGAUUCUCUGUGACUACAGAUGAGGGCUUUCUCUUUUCAGGAUCUUUGAUGUCUUCAGGAUACAGCGAGAAAUACAAACAUGUCUUUGGAAGCAAGAAUCUUGGAGUUAGUGUCACUAUGAUGAGAAUAUUGUCACAGCAUUAAAAUAUGAACUUCUAGCUAUAUGAGGUGGUUCGCUGUUAGGUUGUGGUCUGGGAUGACGAGCUUAACAUCAGUAACAGACUGACUUGUGUCGCUCUCACUGUUGUUGCUGGCGCUGAGUUGGUGACUUUUGCUUCACAGCUUGUAUGCCACACCACUGAAGUUGUACUGUCUUCUCCAUCAUGAAGCACAGCCCAUCUGCUGGUUGUAGAUGCUUCUCUAACUGGGUUUGCCUCCCUUUGAUUGUAUUCCCAAAAACUUGUUAUUUUGUUUCUGAUUGCAAAUUCCCUUGCCUCCAUAGGGCUCCUUGAGUCCAUGCUGUUAAACAAAGAGACAUCUGUCUUGCUGUUGGCAACUUCCCCAUGUUUCUCUGUCAGUGUUGAAUGUUACUGUCUCGUGUCUUCUGCUUUUUAAAGCUUUGUUGAAGACCCA